UGGCGCACAUUCAAUAUGGCGGCUCGCAGUAAUUGAAACGAUUAUUAGGAUUCCGGUGUUUUCUAAUUUGAAACAGAUUGAAAUAUUUUAAAAUUAUGGCGAACAAAAUAUUAGAUAAGUGUUUAAAAUGUUGUACUAAUAAAUGGGUCAAUAAAAGAUAUUUAUCACAUUUAAUAUGGAAUAAAAGUAUAUUUAUAGCGAGGAGCAGACCAUUGCUAGGGACCGUCCGUUUAAAAUCACAAAACAAUUCAAAUUCUCCUUUCGUACCAAUUCCAUUAAAAAUUACUAACAAUCCUGAUGAUAUUAAUAUAGGCGAGGAAUUAACUACCAAAUUAAAGAAAGAUGAUUUAUUAAGUGUCCUUAACCAAUUCGUUCAACGGCCUCAUGUAAAACAGUUAUCGGAAGAAAAUGGAUUAGAAGUUAGGUUAUUUCAUCAGGUAUUCAUCAGUUUUCGAAAAUUUUGUAUGGAAUCGGAAACGCUACCUGCAGAUUUACAUAUAAUUUUCAGUGAUAUUUUACAAGGAGCAGGUCAUGUCGAUGAUUUAUUUCCCUUUUUCUUGCAACAUGCCAGACGAGUGUUUCCUCAUUUGGAAUGUAUGGAAGAAUUAAAGAAAAUUAGUGAUCUCCGUUUACCUGCAAACUGGUAUCCUGAGGCAAGAGCAAUAAAUAGAAAAAUAAUAUUUCACGCUGGACCAACUAAUAGUGGAAAAACUUAUCAUGCUUUAGAAAGGUUCUCAAUGGCAAAAUCUGGUGUAUAUUGUGGUCCAUUGAAAUUAUUAGCAGUUGAAGUUUUUCAUAAAACAAAUGAAAGGGUUAGUAAAUUUUGUUAUCUCUAUAGAAUGUUCUUUUUAACUUUAAUGUAAGUCUAAUAAAUAUAGUAGAAUCCAUUUAUUGUAAUUACUUUGAGACUUGCCUAUACCAAUAACAAUAACUAACUGAUGACAUUAAGCAAAAUAAGAAAAUAAGUUUUUAAUGAAUAAAAAUUCUGGUUUUAUUGGUUCCGCUAUUAAAAGGACAUGUUAAAGCA